GGCGCUAAAGCUCGGCUCAUGGCCCUGGGCAUCUCCGCAGCUGGAUCUCUCGGGCAGGUCGGUACCUGGGCCCUCUGGGGUGCUGGGCUUGGUGCUGUUGAGGACCGAGCCCCACGGCUCUCCCUGCCCUAGGCGCUGGCAGGCUAAUGGCCUGCCAGGGUAGGAAGGAGUAGCGGUCAGAUAACACCUGGCCAGGGCGUGUUCCUUAAAGGGACGUAACAGGUGCUGCCUAAGCACCCUGAAGGCAGGGGCAGUCAAUGCUUUUUGGUCAAGGUCCAGACUCCUGAGACCGCGGGAACAAUAGGGCGGAUAAGAAGCAGGCCGGCUUUGGCGACUAUGGCCUCCCCCUGCCUUACAGGGACAGUUGGGGAGAUGAAACCGAGCCGUUGGCUGGGGAGCAGCGAACUGGUGCGGGUGAGCGCUCCGCCCUCUGUGGUGCCCACGCGGGAACGGGUGCAGAACUAGAAGGGGGAUGGGGAUGGGGAUGCAGCUGCUGGCGAAGGUAGCGGCCACCCCUGCCAAGCCGGCCGCUCAGGUUUCUGAUUGCGCAGCGCCCAGCGCAAUGGGCACUGCUCCUAUAGUGCAAAAUAAUCUCAGGGGGGCCUUGGGAAUUUAGAGCAUGGCAGUGCAGCACUCUGCUCAUGCAGGGGGGUUUUAAACCCCCCCCCCCCCUUCUUCAUCACCUGCAGCCUGCAGGACCGGAGCGCACAGGGGUGUGGAUCUGCCUGGUCUCGCCUGGGAGAAAGGUGACCGGUGGAAAAGCCCAUUCCGUGAAACCGCUGACUCAGAAAAGCAGUUGAGUUUGCUGAAAACCCCAGGUUGCUACGCUCCAGGAGAAAGGCAGGCCUGGGAGCUGGGGCUCUUUCUCCUUGCAAAGCAGCUGAUCGGAGCAGUGGGGGUUUGAAAGCCAGAGUCCCCCAGAUCAAAUGUGCCCCCCGCCACGAAAAUUUGCAGCCAGGUAUUUACUGCCCGUGCCAUUAAAAGUGCCUUUAACAAGAGAGAGGUCGAAGCUGGGUCUAUGGUAGACAGUUCCCCUGCUUGAUCCAUGCUGGAGGGAUUCUUCACCCCGGCCCUGAUCCAUGGUGAGGCUGCAGGAAUAUGUUACUCCACUGUGGCUAAAUCCCACAGCGUGGGGUGACUGACCGGGUGCAAAGAGAUCACCCCAAAUUACAGCAGCCACCCACCGGGCCAGCUUUUCUACCACUCCACUGCCCUUCCAGAACCCCUGCCCCAGCUUGAGAGCUCACUGUACCCCCACCCUGCAUCCCAGAAAGAAGGGGACGGGGGUAAGUGCUGCAUUGCAAAGGGCCUGUCACCUCCGCUGCUUAGGAAGGGGACAAGGAGGCAGGAAGGAGCCAUUGCUCCUGAUCAGGCGGCUGCUCUUCCCACAGGUGAGGGGAGAGGGGCCAGUCUAGCUGGCUGGGGCAGGAGAAGAUCUGGCCAUUGCAGGCCCUGCUAGGGUCCAAUACAACAGGAGUGGUUCAAAGGACCCCUGGUCCAGUUGUACCAAGCUGUUUGCUGGUUGUGUGGGCUAUUUGGCUAAGACUCUCUGCAGGUACUUUCACCCAGGAGAGGGGGAUUCUCUGCAAGAAGUUUGAAAUGAGAGGCAGAAAAAAAAAUCCCAUUUGGCUUGAAAUUUUCCCCCGAAAUUUUGUGAUUUUUGGAAAAACGUCCAGUGGCCUCCCUGCAAUUGUGCCCACCCCUGUGGCGUCUGGGCGCUGAUCCAUAAUGAAAGGUCACACCACGUUCCCCCCAGCAACAGCACCCCAAUCCUCCACUUGCUAUCAUGAAGCUCAUGUUACAGCUGGGGAAACUGAGGCCCAGAGACUUGCUGGGGGGUCGUGCAGUUGAUGGGUGGUGACUCCCAGGCUGCAACCCCCGCCUCGCAGUUAGCUGGAGCGUUUGGGGGAAUCUCUCUUGCCUGGUCAAUCUCUGGCUCCUUAUUUCCCAAACAAGCUCCCCCCUCCUGGCCCCUCGCCCAACCCCAUCUCAGUUCAGUUUUCAGGCUAAAUAUUUUGAAUGUAGCAAUCGAAAACAAAAGUGAACCUGGCCCAAGGCCCCUCGCGCCUGCUCGGAGCCUGGCAGCUCCCCCAUGCCAUCACCCUGCCUGCAACCCAGCCAGGGCAGCGGUGAAAGGAGGCAGGGCCCCUAGGCGAAGGUGGGACUGCUUUGGCCCUGCCCCUUGGCUGGAGUUUCACCUGGCUGCACUUGGGGAGGGCAGGAGGCAGCUUCGCCCAGCUGUCUGCGCCCAGGUGCGCUGCCUGGUGCACGCUCAGGGCCUGGCUCCUCGCCCAGUCCUAUGCACGCAGCAUGGAAAUCGGGGAGCCCGGAAGCCAGGGGCUUUCUCCUUGAAGCCUGGAGUGAGGUGGAUCGAGGCCAGUUGCGGUGGAGGCCAAGGAGUGACGCUGUCCCUGCCGGUCCCCUGGGAAUGAAGUGGGAGGCGCUGGGGUCCCUCUGUUCCCAAGCUCUGCGGUCUGCGUGGCGCCUGCUUCCCGCCUCAUAAGAGGAGCUGCCGGGGGCGAAGGGGGGGGUGUGCAUUCUGCCUUGAUUUGGAGAACGGCCGGGGGAUUUUCUGUUUAUGGACCAUGGGGGCGAAGAAGGAGACAGCGGCAUCGUCAUCCCUCUGCCACCUGCCACUCUGGAUAGCUUUGCUGGUGCUCAGCCUCGUCCCCCUUGUGCCCGCGCUGGCCACCACCGGCAUCUGCGGCAGCAUGGACAUCCGCAACGAUGUCUCCCAGCUGCAGAAGCUGGAGAACUGCACCAUCAUCGAGGGCAACCUGCAGAUCCUCCUCAUGUUCACCACCGCCGCCGAGGACUUCCGCGGCCUCAGUUUCCCCCGCCUCAUCAUGAUCACCGAGUACCUGCUCCUCUUCCGGGUCUACGGGCUGGAGAGCCUGCGUGACCUCUUCCCCAACCUGUCCGUGAUCCGGGGCACCAGCCUCUUCUUCAACUAUGCCCUGGUCAUCUUCGAGAUGCCCCACCUUAGGGACAUCGGCCUGCACAGCCUGACUGAUAUCCUGCGGGGCUUGGUGCGCAUUGAGCGCAACCAGGAGCUCUGCCACAUCUCCACCAUCGACUGGGGGCUACUCCUGCUCGACUCGGUGGAGAACAACUACAUUGUGGGCAACAAGCAGGUGGAGGAGUGUGCCGACGUGUGCCCAGGCAUCCUGGACGUGGAGAAGCCCUGUGUCCAGACCAGCGUCAGUGGGCAGCUGGAGUACCGCUGCUGGACAUCCAGCUACUGCCAGAAAGUGUGUCCCUGUGGAGGCAGAAUCGCGUGCACCGCCGCCGGGGAAUGCUGCCACCCGGAGUGCUUGGGAGGCUGCAGCCGGCCGUGGGACAGCAGGGCCUGCGUGGCCUGCCGCCACUUCCACUUCAACGGGCACUGCCUGGCCUCCUGCCCGGCCCGCACCUACCGGUACGAGGGCUGGCGCUGCGUGACGGCCGAGUACUGCGCCAGCCUGCGCAAGGUGUCUGAGAACCCCCGCGAGGCCUCUGAGUUCGUCAUCCACCACGAGGGGUGCCUGUCGGCGUGCCCCUCGGGGUACACACGCAAUGACAGCAGCAUCUUCUGCCACAAGUGCGAGGGGCUGUGCCCCAAGGAGUGCAAGGUGGGCACCAAGACCAUCGACUCGACCCGCGCGGCUCAGGAGCUGGCCGGCUGCACCUACGUCGAGGGCAACCUGAUCGUUAACAUCCGCAGGGGCUAUAACCUGGCCUCGGAGCUGCAGAGCAGUCUGGGCCUCAUUGAGACCAUCACAGGCUUCCUGAAGAUCAAGCACUCCUUUGCCCUCGUCUCCUUGUCCUUCUUCAAGAACCUCAAGCUCAUCCGGGGGGACUCCAUGGUGGACGGGAAUUACACCCUCUACGUCCUGGACAACCAGAACCUGCAGCAGCUCUGGGACUGGAGCCACCACGCGCUCUCCAUCCCCGUGGGGAAGGUGUACUUCGCGUUCAACCCCAAGCUGUGCCUGUCCGAGAUCUACCGCAUGGAGGAGGUGACGGGCACCAAGGGCCGGCAGAACAAGGCCGAGAUCAAUCCCCGCACCAACGGGGACAGAGCCUCCUGCAAGACCCAGACUCUGCGCUUCGUUUCCAACAUCACCGAGUCCGACCGCAUCUUCCUGAAGUGGGAGCGCUACCGGCCCCCCGAGUACCGCGAUCUGCUCAGCUUCAUCGUCUACUACAGGGAAUCGCCCUUUCAGAACGUGACCGAGUACGUGGGGCAGGAUGCCUGCGGGGCCAACAGCUGGAACGUGGUCGACGUGGAGCUGCCGCUGAACAACGACCAGGAUCCGGGGGUGGCCCUGCUGAACCUCAAGCCCUGGACACAGUAUGCCAUCUUUGUCCGCGCCAUCACCCUGACCACGGCCGAGGAGGGGCGCAACUACGGGGCGCAGAGCGAGGUGGUGUACGUCCGCACCAUGCCAGCAGCCCCCACAGUGCCCCGGGACGUCCUCUCCAUGUCUAACUCCUCCUCCCACCUCAUUGUGCGCUGGAAGCCGCCCAGCCAGCGCAAUGGGAACAUCACCUACUACCUGGUGCUGUGGCAGCAGCUGGCCGAGGACCUGGAGCUCUACGUCAAUGACUAUUGCCACAAAGGCCUCAAACUGCCCACCAGCAGUGCGGACACCCGCUUCAACGUGGACGACAGCGAGGGCCCCGAGCUGGAGCAGGACACGGAGGAGCGGUGCUGCCCCUGCCACCGGGACGGCGGGCAGCUGCCGAUGGAGGGCGAGGCUGUCUCCUUCCAGAAGAAGUUUGAGAACUUCCUACACAAUUCCAUCAUCAUCCCCAGACCCCCUUGGAAGGUGACAUCUGUCAAAAAAACCCCUCAGAGGACUCGGAAGAGGCGCAGAGGCAUCUUGGCCCUGACCAGCUCUGGCCACCCCCUCUCCAACGCCUUCUCUCUGGAGCCCCCAGGGAACCCGCGCCCGCUGAACCGCACAGGCGCCGCCCCCAAAGCCCAAACAGAUUUCCGGAUCUUUGAGGACAAAGUGGUGCGGGACCGGACGGUCAUCUCCCAGCUGCGCCACUUCACCGAGUACCGCAUCGACAUCCACGCCUGCAACCACGCCGCCCACACCGUGGGCUGCAGCGCGGCCACCUUUGUCUUUGCCCGGACUAUGCCUGAGACGGAAGCGGAUAACAUCCCCGGCAACGUCACCUGGGAGCCGGCCAGCAAGAACAGCGUCUUGCUGCGCUGGCAGGAACCCAAGAACCCCAACGGGCUCAUCCUCAAAUACGAGAUCAAGUACAGCCGGGAAAACGAGGAGGUCCCCACCGUGGUGUGUGUCUCUCGCCACCGCUAUGCCAAAUACGGGGGUGUCCACCUGGCCCUCCUGCAGCCGGGGAAUUACUCUGCCAAGGUCCGGGCCACCUCGCUGGCCGGGAACGGGUCGUGGACUGGACUCAUCAAAUUUUACAUCCUUGGCCCGGCCGAGGAGGAGUCCGGCGGCUUCUACGUGCUGCUGACCGUCAUGCCCAUCGUCCUCAUGGUGGUGAUCAGCUGCCUGGUUGUCUUAGUCUUCUUCUACUAUAAGAGGAGGAACAAUGAUGGAUACCCCAGCGGCACGCUCUAUGCUUCGGUCAAUCCAGAAUACUUCAGCACCUCGGACAUGUACAUCCCGGAUGAGUGGGAGGUGUCGCGGGAUAAGAUCACGGUGAUCCGGGAGCUCGGGCAGGGAUCCUUUGGGAUGGUCUAUGAAGGGAUUGCCCAGGGCAUUGAGAAAGAGGACGAGGAGACGAAGGUGGCCUUGAAGACCGUCAACGAGCUGGCCACCAUGAGGGAGCGCAUUGAAUUCCUGAAUGAGGCCUCGGUCAUGAAGGCGUUUAAGUGUCACCACGUGGUCCGUCUCCUCGGUGUGGUGUCCCAGGGCCAGCCAGCCCUGGUCAUUAUGGAGCUGAUGACCCGAGGGGACUUGAAGAGUUACCUCCGCUCUCUCAGACCGGACGCAGAGAACAACCCUGGCCUGCCCCCCCCGUCACUCAAGGACAUGAUCCAGAUGGCAGGGGAGAUUGCCGACGGCAUGGCCUACCUCAAUGCCAAGAAAUUUGUGCACCGGGACCUCGCCGCCCGCAACUGCAUGGUGUCAGAGGACUUCACGGUGAAGAUUGGAGAUUUCGGCAUGACCAGAGACAUCUAUGAGACGGAUUAUUACCGGAAAGGAGGCAAGGGGCUGCUUCCUGUCCGCUGGAUGUCCCCAGAAGCCCUGAAGGAUGGGAUCUUCAACACCCACUCUGAUGUCUGGUCAUUUGGGGUGGUGCUCUGGGAAAUCGCCACGCUGGCCGAGCAGCCCUACCAGGGCUUGUCCAACGAGCAGGUACUGCGCUUUGUGAUGGACAAUGGCAUCCUGGAGAGGCCUGAGAACUGCCCGGAGAAACUCCACGAGCUGAUGAGCCGGUGCUGGCAGCAGAAUCCCCGCCAGCGCCCCUGCUUCACCCAGCUCCUGGAGAGCGUCAAGGACGACAUGACCCCCAGCUUCCGCGACCUCUCCUUCUUCUACAGCGCCGAGAACAAGCGCCGGGGCUCCUGCCAGCCCUCGGAUGUGGAGAUGGACAACCUGCUGGAGGACGAGCCGCCCUCCACCCUGGCUGCCCUGCACCUCCCCCUGGCCACCAACGACUGCCCCGGGCCUGCCCUCGCCCCGCAGAAAGACCAGGCCUAUCCCAGGAACUGCUGUCCCUUGAAUGGGGCGCCGUGCCUCUGAGAGCCGGGGAGCGCCAGGCCGCGGCUGCUUCCAAAGCAAAGAAGACCCCAUAGCUAUUAUCCGUUCCAUAAGGUCCAUGCAAUGGACCGUCUGGUUCCGCCACUGACCGCCCUGGAGGUCCAGGUUCCCAGGGAUCCCCAGCACUGAUACCCCUUCCACUCAUCGCAGCACUGGGAUUGGAUCUGAUCUGCGUGAGCAGCUGGUUGUCAUCCCUCUUGGCGGGGGAAAGACCCCGACUGCCUCCUAGGAGUCCCUUUGGGUCCCCUGCCUCCUGGAUGCCAGGGCUUCUUGCAGGCUUUGAGAGGGACGGCAGAGCGAGAAGCUGAUUAACGAUUUGGGGGAGAUGGUGACUGGGCCUUUGAAUUGCAGCCGAGAGUGUCUGGGCAAAGGGGAAACCCGGGGCGCUCCGCGAGCGCAGAGCCUGCUCCGUCGGCGACGCUUUCGAGGUGCGGUGCAGGGUGACGGAUGCCUAAAACGGACACUCCUGUCGCUGACGGGCAAAGCCAUUGGGACGAGCAACGUACUGAGACAGCUCCUUGGCUAGAAAACAAUGUCCCACUUCUUGGGGCCUGGACAGCGGAGGGCUGGGCUGUUCCCUGGACACAGGGGUCUUUUCCCCUUUGGUGGGAAAUGCAGGCGAGCGACUGCUCUUGUGGGGUGUGUGGGGCAUGGGGACCCUCACCUCUUGUCCUAUGUUUUUUUUUUCUCUUGGUUCUUGUUCGAGUUUUUUGGGGGUGGGGGGUUGAAGGCACUUUGGGAUGUUUUCUCCCCUUCCGGCCAAGGCACAGACAGAUCCUUAGCUGGGUGGAAUCGUCGGUGCCCCGCUGCACUCGACAAUUCCAGCUGGGGGGGUGAGGGGUGCUGGGCGCUCCAGGUCUCUACCAGCUCCAUGGCUGCCGGCUGCUGGGAGCGAUGGCCUCCAGCUUGGAGCCGGCAACAGGUGGAUCCCUGAGACUCGGGCAAGGCUGAGGUUGUGUGGCCUGGCAUGCUCAGACACUAACGAUGCUUCCAACCCCCGGGACGUACACACCGAGCCAGGCCUCAGCUGGCGUAACCGGACACAGCUCUGUUGCCUUCGGGGCAGCCGCGGCUUGGGGGGGGCUCCCAGUGGUGUCCUGUUUGCUGUCUAAUCCCUCCUCCCUUUUUGCCAGGGGAGGAGAAGUUGCAUCUCCUGGCUCCCAAGGAUGCACGUUCAUUCUCCGGGCUGGUCCUAGAUGAGGGUUGGGGGCACUCUCACUCUCAUCCCGAGGUGUCUUUCUGAAACCCACCUCGGGACGGUCUAUGUUGCAGCCAAGCUCGAGCGAAGGUCCGUAGCUGCUGGCUCCCCCAGAUAGAGAUCUGCAUGGGCAGCAGUGUUCUCUGGGCCAGUGGGGGUUGGCAGGUAGAUGGGCUGAAAGCCUCCAGAUGUCGUUGUUAUUAUUUAUUAUCUGUUGUGAGUGGCGCCUGGGAGCCUCAGUCGCAGCCCAGGACCCCGUGGUGCUAGGUGCUGUACAAACACACACCAAAAAGAUGGUCCCUGCCCUCCGAAGCGGGAAAUUUAGAUGGCUAGAGAAAAUUUUUCCUCUCCAGGCUGCUGAUGAAGGGUAAGAUCUUCCCAGUCCCACUGAGUCCAUUCCCUUUGGAGGCCGGCGGUGCAGAGACUUUAAGGAUGGGAAGGGAAAGGCUCCUUGGACCACCCUAGUGUGAAGCAAUUCCUCUCCCUCCUUGUCCAAUCCUUGUGCUUGGUUGCUGGAAGUCACCCCUACCGCCACCCAGUUGCACGGGAGUCUUGCCUGCGGGAUGGCUGGGAGGACUAGCCCCUGAGGUUCAGAAGUUCAAGUCCUUCAUUCCCCUAAUCUCCCCCCCUCCAUAACCUGUCUCACCAGCCCUAAGGUGUCUGUUGCUUUUCACCAACCUCCCUCCAUGCGCCUUGACAUCUUUUUUUGUAUCAAGGAGAUGAAAACUCAGCACCUUGUCCUAGCUGGCUACCUACCAGUGACAGGUAACUGGGGCUUUGUUCCCCUGGGGACAUCAGCGAGGGCUUUGCCUGGGACAUGGGCAGUAUCAUUCCUGGUUUUAGCAUGAGUCCCAUGAGAUUUGGUGUUUCUCCUAAAGCUCCAGCUGCUGGAGUCAUGUGAUGAUGUGAGAAUCUCUGGUUUAAUUUUUUUUUAAAAAAAGAAGUUUUUGUCUCUCAUGGUUGUGAAGAAAAUCUUGGAAACUUGACCCCUAAAGGCUCAGAAAGCAGACGGCAAAGGAAAAGAACCCAAGAUUUAUUUUAAAAAAAUCUCAUGAUUCCCAAGCCAGCCUCAGGAAUUUUUGGGGCCUCCCUCAUGCUGUCUGAACUCCUGAAGUGGGGGGGUUGUGCCACAGGGCCGGGAAGUCAGACGCUCAUUUUGCCAUGAAAACUUCACUGCUGAGAGGCUUGAGGCUUCUCCAGCCGUUGUAUUUCAUGCCAUGAAAGUGUCUGUUAAUGACAGCCUUCCUCCACAGCGGCCCCGGUUGCUGAAUAAACUCCGGUCCCCCGAUCGUGGUUCCACCACCCUCUUUCAGAUCCCCGGCAGGAGAUCUGCGAGGACAGAGGUUUACUGAUCUUUUUUCUUUUUUUUUUUUUAAACAUACAAAGGUGAUUUCCCGCCCCCCCCCCCUUUUUGUUUCCUGGAGGGAAAGGAAAAAGAAGAAAAUGGAAGGCUUUAAACCUGUGUUGGGGGAAUGCGGCUGCGGGCGGAAAAGCCCCAGCCGAAGCGGGAAUGAAAGCAGGAUUGGUCUGGUGAAGAGUUGAAGCCGAGUGGUUAUGGAACGCCGAACAUCUCCCUCGCCCUUUUCAUCAGUAGAUCUCAAAGCUCUUUACAAAGGAGGGGUCAGCCCCAUUAGCCCCAUUAUACAGAUGGGGAAACUGAGGCACAGGGAGGCCAAAGGUCACCCAGCAGAGCCAGGAAUUGAGCCCUGAUCUCCUGCCCCCUCCAUCCGCUUGGCUGCACUGCUUAAAACCUUCAAGCUCUGGACCAAGCCACGUUCUCAGUGACACACCUGCAAACUCAGUGACUUCGGUGGGCGUGGCCACAACCCGUUUGGUGUGUUGUUUGUUGGAGCUGGCUUCUACAAGGGACUUCGGAGAAGCCGGCUGCAGCGGCUGCACAGAGAAGUCCAAAUAAAGGAGACCGUAAAGCUC